AUGAAGGUGGUGAUUUUUAGAUUGCAUUUUGAACCUCCUACUACUUGCCAGUCUGAAGAAACCAUACAAGUGAACAGUCAGGAGACACCUCCAUCUAAAUCUGAGCUGAGCCAUGCAGACGGGCCCUCCGUUGAUAUCACUGAGGCAGUUACAAGAGUAAUUGAAAAACAGAAGCUAUUUCCUGAUGUGGCAUUCACUGCUUCUGUCCUAGAAGUAGCCCAGAUUGUGCCAAACUACAGAAUGGUGGUGGUAGUGGGGCCAGCUGGUUGUGGAAAGUCUGAGCGAAUUAAUAUCUAUCUGCAAGCUCUCAAGGAGCUAGGAAUCCAAGUGAAAGUCCAGAGAGUGUUUACAAGAGCACUGGAAUCGCAGCAUUUGCUUGGAUUCAGCAACCCCCAGACUGGGUGGACAGAUGGUCUAUUGCCCAGGCUACUCAGGCAUCAUUCCCUAGAGUCGCUUACCACAUCUGAAGGACCAAGUGAGCUGAUGACAGCUCUACACUUUGAUGGAGAAAUUGAUAUGCAACAUAUGGAGAAUAUUCAAGCACUCCUCUGCGGCAGUGACUUGUUCAUCCUUUCCAGCAAUGAGCGCAUUAAGCUACCAGACUCGAUUAAAUUGUUUUGGGAGCUUGAAUCUCUGGAAAACAUCAGCCCAGCACUUGCCUGCUGCUUGGGGCUCUUGGUGGUGACAGACGCCCAGGAGAUGUGGAGGCUGAUUCUGAACAAGUGGUACAACGCCUGGCCCCAAACAAGCCAACAGGUCCUACGUCAGCUCACAGAAGAGUUUUUAGGACCUGCCUUGCAGUGGGUGUGUGAGAGUUCUCCACUCAGAAGCCCAGAGCACAAGAAGACAGAUCUCAGGAUGAAGAAAGUGGUCAACAACACUUCAGAAAACAUGGUUCAGACCUUCUGCAGAAUAUUCGAGGCUAGUUCAUUAUUUUAUUUCGAUAAUCCAGUUGUGUAUUUUAUAGUCUUAAUAAUUUUAUGA